UAUUCUCAUAAGAUAAUCCACUUCAAUGGCUGGAGAAGACCAAAGACGAAGAUGGAGCCUUCAAGGCAAAACUGCACUUGUUACCGGUGGAACCAAAGGCAUUGGGCAUGCUAUAGUAGAGGAACUUGCAGGAUUUGGAGCAAUAAUACAUACGUGUGCUCGAGAUGAAGCACAUCUCAACGAGUGUUUGAGCGACUGGAAAAAGAAAGGGUUUCAAGUCACUGGUUCAGUCUGUGACGCAUCGUCCUGGACCGAAAGAGAGAAGCUGAUGCAAACUGUGUCCACUUUGUUUGAUGCCAAGCUCAGUAUCCUCAUCAACAACGUUGGCGCAAUCCGGUCAAAGCCAACAAUUGAAAAUACGGCAGAGGAUUUCUCGUUCCACAUUUCCACCAACUUGGAAUCUGCAUACCAUUUUAGCCAGCUUGCACAUCCUCUGCUCAAGUCUUCAGGGUGUGGUAAUAUCGUCUUCAUAUCCUCUGUUGCUGGGGUCGUGUCAUUUGGCGUCAGCUCCAUCUACUGUGCCACAAAAGGGGCAAUGAAUCAGCUAGCAAGGAAUUUGGCAUGUGAAUGGGCUAGCGACGGCAUAAGGGCUAAUGCUAUAGCUCCUGCAGUCAUUGCUACUCCUUUAGCUGAAGCUGCGUUUGAUGACGAAUUCAAGAAAGCAGUGGAAUCAACAAAUCCCUUGGGGCGCUUAGGGAAGACGGAAGAGGUAGCAUCGCUUGUGGCAUUUCUUUGUAUGCCUGCAGCUUCUUAUAUAACGGGACAGACCAUCUGCGUCGAUGGAGGUCUUUCUAUAAAUGGCUUCUCGUAUCAGCCACAUGCUUAAAUCCAAUCACCAAAACAAAACACAAUUUCAAAUUUCUACUUCAUAUGAAUUGUGUAUUUUAUUGGAGGUUGUUUUUCUUUAAAAAGAGUGAGGUUGACAAAGUAAAAGUACUUUUCAUAGUAUAAAAAAUGAAAUCAGAAACGCAGACAGAAUA